AUGGAAGACCCUCUAAGCUCAGGCGGCUGGCGUUUCGCUCAGUGUUUUGGUGACAAGGGCGAUAUCGAGGAUAUUACAGAAGCUGACAUCAUCUCAACCGUGGAGUUUGACUCUACGGGAAACUAUCUCGCUACAGGCGACAAGGGCGGGCCGAGUACUCACGAGAUCUGUUUCUCUACUUUCUCACUGAUUGUGCCUCCAUCGUCUCUUGUGUCGAUCCUGCCUCGCGAACAGAAAAAGGGCUGCGAAUACAAGUUCUACACGGAGUUCCAGUCACAUGAGCCAGAGUUCGACUACUUGAAGUCCCUGGAAAUUGAAGAGAAGAUCAACAAGAUCAAGUGGUGUAAACGACAGAAUUCGGCACAUUUUCUGCUAUCAACAAAUGAUAAAACAAUCAAGCUGUGGAAGGUUUUUGAGAAGUCAUUACGGGUGGUCUCAGAAUCAAAUCACCAUAACGGCCAGCAAUCCUUGCCAGCACCUACAGCGCGCAAUCACCUCAGACUGCCUCGGAUGGCCCUCCAGGACAACAUCAUCGCUGCCGUACCCCGCAAAGUCUACUCAAACGCUCACGCGUAUCACAUACACUCGAUCUCCGUGAAUUCAGACCAGGAGACGUAUAUUUCUGCUGAUGAUCUACGGAUUAACCUUUGGAACCUCAACAUCAGUGACCAAAGUUUCAACAUCGUGGACAUCAAGCCCGUCAACAUGGAAGAGCUAACUGAAGUCAUCACAGCCACGGAGUUCCAUCCAAUACAUUGCAACCUCUUCAUGUACUCAAGUUCAAAAAGCAACAUCAAACUUGCAGACAUGCGAGACUCUGCCUUGUGUGAUCGGCAUGCCAAAUGCUUUGAGGAAGAGGAAGACCCUACAACGCGAUCGUUCUUUUCAGAAAUCAUAUCGUCCAUCUCAGAUGUCAAAUUCAGCCAUGACGGGAGGUAUAUCCUGUCAAGAGAUUACCUAUCCCUGAAGAUCUGGGAUGUUAACAUGGAAUCGCGGCCUGUGAAGACGAUCCCAAUUCACGACCACUUACGGGGAAAACUCUGCGACCUGUACGAGAACGAUUGCAUAUUUGACAAGUUCGAAUGUGUGUGGGGUGGUGAUGACAAACACGUGCUGACGGGCUCAUACCACAACUAUUUCCGGAUAUACGAUACAGACACAUUAAAUGACGUUGUUCUUCAAGCAGACAAGUCGGCGUUCAAGGCGAGGAAGAUUGGGGGUGCCAUGCCUGGGGCAAAGCUCGGGGUGAAGAACGGAGCUCGUCCGGGGAGUUUCAAGGACCAGAUGUCGCUCGAGGCGUUAGACUUCAAUAAGAAGAUCCUGCAUGCGAGCUGGCACCCGAGGGAAAACACUAUUGCUAUUGCGGCUACAAACAAUCUCUUCUUGUAUAGUGCCGCAUGAGAUCACACUGAUGUCAUCUGUUUUAAUGUUUACCUUCAACCUUGACCUGCUCCCGCCCUGCAUUAGACGGACCGCACAACGACAUUAUACAUACCGGACAAUAACAACACGGAACAUUUUUGCGAACCCCCACCUUUUUCCAGCAUAAUCCAUUGUGUUUUCAGUUCAUUUACCUACAGUACACUGAGCCGUUAAUCUAUUCACUCACUCGCGCGUUUCACUUUUUCUGACUCACUACCCUACAUACCUCUGUUCAUCUUACUAUUCCUCGCACCCUUUUGCAUCCGUUUGUUUUCGUCGCGCUGUGUCUGUUGUUCUGUUUGUCCGUCUUGCUCCUUGCCCCGCCGCCCUCUCGU